CGCGCAUGAAUAAAUAAACCUCAGCACUAGGUUCACUCCUGUUUCCGUGUCUCCGAAAUAAUCGAGAAUCAUGGGAAUUGAUAGCGGUGGUGCGAGACAUGCGCCAACCACAGGGAUGACGUCAAGACAGCUCUGUGAAUAUGAUGACCUGGCAAAUGCUGUUUGUUUGGAUGCUUAUCUUGGCUUUCAAACUCAUAAGAUGAACACAAGAUAUGAAACACCAAAAAAGAAGCAGGACUAUGAAUGCAAGACAAUUAUUGAACGCUUUAAAAAACAUCAACAGUAUGAAAAAGCCUACAUGGAAAUGUUGUCUGUUGAUGUGGUUCGCAACUUCCUUAUGGACAAAGAUGACCAUGAACAAGACCUCUUUAAAAACCAUAUUCACCGCUACUUGAAGAUGUUUGACAUGAGAUCGGGGUUUGAAAUUCAGACUUGUAGCAGAUAUGCAAUGGAGGGCCACAUGGGAGGCAAAAUAUGUGCAACAAGAGACUGGCAAAAGCAUGAGAAGAUAGAGAUGCUAAUUGGCUGUAUUGCUGAGUUGACAGAGCUAGAGGAAGCUGACUUACUGGCUCCCGGCGUGAAUGACUUCAGUGUCAUGUUCUCCUGCAGGAAAAACUGUGCACAGCUCUGGCUGGGCCCUGCAUCCUUCAUCAACCAUGAUUGCAGAGCAAACUGCAAGUUUGUAUCCACUGGUCGAGACACAGCAUGUGUGAAGGUUCUAAGGGAUAUAAAGGCUGGGGAGGAGAUCACCUGCUUCUACGGGGAGGACUUCUUCGGGGACUGUAACAGUCUGUGUGAAUGUGAAACAUGUGAGAGGCGAAAGAUGGGUGCAUUUAGGCGAGCAGAUCCGCGGAGUCCAGAGGUGGAAAAAGGCUACAGACUUAGAGACACCGAUGAUCGCUUACAGAGGAUGAAGAGCCAGGCCCAUUUCGGCAAGACGGAAUAUGGAGAUACAAAUGGAGUAAUGGGGAAUAAUGAAAACUGGGAUGUUAGAGAUGGGAAUCUGAAAAAGCAGGCUCACCUUCUCUCCAAGGCCGAGUUGAAGCGGCGGGGGAUCACCCGGUAUGAUGCAGAAAUCAUCCUCGCCCAAGGACAGUGCCUUCCCGAGCCCAAAGUUGACUUAGGAGGGAAGAUACCGGCUAUGGUACACAAACAUCAACCCAUCAAGGUGUCUGAGCUGCGUUUAUCUCCCAGAAAACAUGUGUCUUCUCAGUCCUACCUGAAAAGUCUCUCACCUGACUCCACAAUCAGUAAAGAGAGACAAAAAACACAAAAGAAGUUGUUAAAUAACAUGUCAGACAAUACACAAGAAAAAUCCAAUCCUUUAAGGGACAUAACUGCAGGAAAAUCAAAAAGUCAUGGUAGAAAUACUCAUUCUAAAUCAGCCGUUAAUAUAAGCUCAUUUGUACAUAGUCAUUCAACAUAUUCUAGAAGAUCUCAGAAACACAAACUUGCUAAGCCUUUGAAAAUUGAUGUCGAGUGUGCUCAAUAUGGAAUGGACAAACAUGGUGAUUCACCAGGGACAGGGCUAAGGCAUAGUCCAAGACUUGUGAACAAAGACUCCAGUAUUGCUGAUGGAAACAUAAUUAGUAAUCAGUUAAUCAGCAGGUCUGAUUCAAAUAUAAGUGUUGUGGAAACAGGGGAUCCUGACAUUAUAUUUAAUCUUAAAUCUGAACAAGAUUCACGAAACAUUUUCACUCAGCUACAGUUUGAUGUGAAAACAGAAAAAGAAAGUUGUGUAACAGCUGACAGUUAUGACAAUGUAGACCUCAGUAACAGUUCUGACAGUAUCAGGCAGCACUGCCCAACCCUACUCGGACAUUUGAAAUCCCGACCCUCUGAUAUGCCACACCUGACCCCCUAUGACACAGAUCCAGAGUCAGAUACCUCAUUCAAAAACAGCAGGGUUACGCCUAAGCUAGAAGCUUUCAAAUCAUCGCAGCAUCAAGACAAUCAUCAUGCAACUGUGAGCAGUAGCACAAGAACAAAUAAAAACUUAAAAAACAUUCAGUCACCUUUGAGGCAAAGCCCAAGGAACAAAAAACAAGAGAGAAAUUCUUCUGACCACCCCAAGGUUGAUAUCAAAGAUGAACACAUCUUAAAAUCAGGUCAUAAGAAUGGAUGUCUGAAAAUAAUGAGUCGAAAACAUUCACACAGAUCAAAGAGAGAAAAGAUUUCAUUCAAGAAUGACAAUGUAUUUGAACGUUUUGGUUGCGCAAAUUCUGGUGAUAACGGGUUUGACAGUGAGAGUGAAACUGAAGAUGUGGACGUGGAAGGACUUGGAGAUGGUGUCACAUUUAAUGGCAGCCUAAGGUCGUUAAAUGACCUUACACAAAACAAAAGGACUAACUCAAGGGAACGCAAGAGGAAAUUGAACUUUAGUAAUAAUAGCUCAGAAGAUGUCAGUGAACCACUUGAAAAAAGAAUUAAUUCCCUUAAUGAAAGAGUAAAAACAUACCAAAAAAUAAUUGCAGGCAUGUCACCAAAGGUUCCGAAAAUAACAAUUAAAAUGCGGAAAGACCCACAGCUUAUGAAAGAAUUAAAGAACACUGAGGCUUCAGACGGCGUUCACUUCAAGCUGGAAUCCCCCCAAUCCUCGUUGCCAACGUCACCAGACUCGAGUGAUGCCAGUGACUCGGAUGAAGAGGAAAGUCCACUUAUUUGUACCAAGUUCCGACCAAACCCCCAGCACAAGGGGAAGGUACGCAGUGAAUCAAGCUGCAGAAGGUUAAUCCAGGUGCAAAAUAAGGUCUGUCCCAAAUUAAUGAAAAUAAGGUUUGGGACGUCUGGUGAAGAAGUAAAUAUCAAUAUACCCCAACAAAAGCAACAUAGAUGAUAAUGCUUAACAGAGACAUAUGGAAACAAAUCACUUUUUGUUUUUAUGCCUUGCACAAUUUGAACAAAUUGCAUUGUUGUUGAUUGUCAUUGCAAAUAAGAAUUGAAAGUUGAGGGUAUAAUAAGGCACUGUGACAGUCCUUUAUUUCUAUCUUAUUUCAAACUCUUAUAUUAUUUUGGGGAUGCAUGCUUUGUUUAGAAUUUAUUGUUUGAUAACUGUCCAGGUAUUUUUAAUAAAAUGCCCAUACUUGAUGACAACUUUUAUUAAAUAACAUAGAUGUCAGAAUAUAAUGUGGAUUUUUAAUGUAAAUGUUAGCUUUGUCUAUGUUUUUCAGUGUUUUUUUGAAAAUAACAGUGAAUUAUAUCCUGAUUAAAUCGGGACAUAACAAUCCUUGUGAGUUUAUGGUUUCUCUCAUUUUAGCCCUGAUUUUGCUGUAACACUUAACUUAAGGGCAUGCAGUGGUGGGAAGAAAUCUUUUCUGAAAAUAAUUUUGUUAUAAUUUGCAGCCGAACCAAUUUGUUCAUUUUGUAUGAUUUGUUGUAAGUGUAUGUUUAAUUUGUAUGUCUUGAUGUUUACAGAAAAGAACAAAAAAAUAUUUUAGACAGAAAAUUCAAUGAUGUCAGUUCAGGUACGACGUCCUUGGCUUACAUUUGGCGUAAUUUUCCAAUUAAAGAUAAAUUUUUAUGUUUGAUGAAUUGUAAGUGAUAAUCAAAGUUGUUUUAGUGUAAGUUUGCAAUAUAUUUCACCUUUUGAACACUAAAAGUAAAUACUUCUCUUGUGGCAUAGCCACUUAUGAAAUGUAACUUUUGGUGCUCACAGAAAUAAAUUGCUAUCACACUGAAACAAACCAUUAUCCUCUGUAUAUUGUUUACAUAUUUCCAUGUCAAGAGGUGUGUCCUUUAUUUAUUUAUAUACAUACAUCAUAACAAGUAGCUCAUUACCUUGUUUUAACAUUUUUAAGUUAAUUACCUAAGGUUUUUUUGUUGACUGGAUUGCACACAAUUGACAUAUAAUAUUAAAAAUAAUACCAUAGUUUUUUUUAUGUAAAAAAAUUGUUGAUUAUUUAUCUUAAAAAGUUUAAAUGAAAUGAUAAACUAAUAUUGCAUUAUUUUAAUGUAUUGGUUGUUCGAAAAUAAUAUCUCAAGUGAAUAUAGAUUAUAAGUUCACUUUUUUUUUUGACUGAUUUUUAAGUGUUCGCACUGUAUAUUGUAUACUUGUACAUGUACACAUAGAUUGAUAUCUUACAAACGUUAGAAUUGUCUGGACAAAGCCGAUUAUUAUUUAUAUUUUGCCUUUAUUGGGUUCAAAUCACAUUUUACAAAAAUGUUACCAGAGCAAUUUUUAAAAGAAUAAGAAAUGAAAUUUGUUGUAAAUUUUUUAGUAGUCUGCGAAAAUUAAAGACAAAUGAAAUGUUUUAAUUAAAAAGAUAAUAAUAUUGCUCUCCCUUUAGAUACAUCCUGAAGAGGCUGCACAUGUAGUUAUGAAUAUUACAUACUUUCACCAGUGGUCGAUUUUGGCACAAGCCCGCAAGCCCUGCACUGGUAAAAUGUCUUUCUCAAAUUCUGAAUUUUUUAUAGCAGGGCUUGUUAAAAAAUUUGAUGCCAAGCAAUAGUAUAAGAAUUCAGGCUUGUUGAUCCAAAAGUCUAAUUUCGAUGACUGUUUCACUAUUGCAGUCCGGCUUGUUAAAAAUUGUCUUUAGUGUGGACCUUUGACAUUUUGUUAAGUGUGGUAUAAAGACUGAUUAGAUGUUAUUGUUUAUUUCAAUUUUGGACAAGUGCAUGUUUAAUUUAUUUAUAUAUUCAUUAAUACUAUAAGUCGUCCUGACUGAUAAAAAAAAUGUCAGAAAUGUAAACAUUGUACUUUGAAUGAAAGGAUAUAAAAAUGCUAGGUAAAUUAUUCAUCAAUUUUUGAUUACACCGGUAAUGUCGGAGCUGGCAUAUGAUAUUUUUGUUGUAAAUUAUAGUCUACAGACUGUUGUUUUAAAUUUUAACAGUGAUCUUCAUGUAGUUGUUAUAGAAAAAAAACGUAACUAUCUGUUUUAACUCACUGUACAUUGUUUUGUUAACACAGUGGCAUGCCUUUUAAUAAAAUAGUGACCAAAGUUGA